GGACGUAGCACAGAGCGACCACAACGCGAAAUGGUAGUUGUGUUCGCGUCUUACCACUGCACUGAAGAAUACGCAAGAAAUAAUUACUGUUACCUAUAUAUUUAAAUGGCGAUAUUCUUCUUUCUACUGCUGUUCGGUUUGUCAUCCGCCUCCUACCUCCCGAACGGCUGCCCGGAAGACCCUCACAUCCACCUGCUGCUCCCCCACGAGACUGACUGCACCAAGUUCUACUACUGCGUUCACGGCGAGAAACACCUUCGACAAUGUAGCGGGGGGCUGUACUUCGAUCCUGUUUAUCAGGUUUGCAACUGGCCUCAAAAUGUAGACUGCCAACCGACACACGUAACAACAGAGUCGGUUACAACAACAGAAAAUGAAGUAGCAACUACAGAAAAAACAACAGACACAACAACAAAUUAUCUGACGACCACCGAAAGUUCGGUUACAACAGAUAGAAAUGAGGAAAGCACUGAAAUAAUAACACCAGAACAACCAACAGCAGAACCAACAACCAAGGAAUCAACAACAGUAGAACCAACAACCGAAGAAUCAACAACAGUAGAACCGACAACCAAGGAAUCAACAACAGUUGAACCAACAACAGAAAAUCCUACAACAGUAGAACCAACAACCGAGGAAUCAACAACCGAGCAAUCAACAACAGUAGAACCCACAACCGAGGAAUCAACAACAGUAGAACCAACAACAGCAGAACCAUCAACCGAAGAAUCAACAACAGUAGAACCGACAACCGAGGAAUCAACAACAGUUGAACCAACAACAGAAAAUCCUACAACAGUAGAACCAACAACCGAGGAAUCAACAACCGAGCAAUCAACAACAGUAGAACCAACAACCGAGGAAUCACCAACCGAGGAACCAACAACAGUUGAACCAACUACAGCUACUACUGAAAUGACAAUUGAUUCUGAAGGAACAACUAUAGAAGUGUCAACUGUAACAGAACCUACCACGAAUGAGAGUGAAAGUUCAAAUGAAAGUAGAGACGUCGAAAGUUCCCGAGAACCAGCAUUAACAACAGAAAGAACAGUACCGACAACAGAACAACAGCCCGAGACCCCCGCUAUCUGUCCUCCAGGGUUCAUCGGCAACGUGCCGCAUCCUGAGCGAUGUGACUCAUACUUCUUGUGUUCAGGAUGGGAGCCCAUACAGCUGUUCUGUGCGCCGGGACUUGAGUUCGAUGCUGCGUUACAAAUAUGCGUAGCAAUAGCGGAAGGAGGCUGUAACUGGCAGAACGGUCAACUAACGUCAACAACGACUCAUCCGUCAACUGACGAAGAAUCAACAACAACAAUAACAGAAGAAGAAACAACGACAGAGCCAGCAACAGAGCUAACAACAGAAACAACAGUGCCGACAACAGAACAACAGCCCGAGACCCCCACUAUCUGUCCUCCAGGGUUUGUCGGCAACGUGCCGCAUCCGGAGCGAUGUGACUCGUACUUCUUGUGUUCAGGAUGGGAGUCCAUACAGCUGUUCUGCGCGCCGGGACUAGAGUUCGAUGCUACGUUACAAAUAUGCGUAGCAAUAGCGGAAGGAGGCUGUAACUGGCAGAACGGCCAACUAACGUCGACAUCGACUCAUCCGUCAACUGACGAAGAAUCAACAACAACAACAACAGAUGAACAAACAGUACUCACCACUGAAACACCAACUACAAGCGAGGCCCCAAUGACAGAGCUAACAACCGAAACAACCCCAUUGACAACAGAACAACAGCCGGAGACCCCCGCUAUCUGUCCUCCAGGGUUCAUCGGCAACGUGCCGCAUCCGGAGCGAUGUGACUCGUACUUCUUGUGUUCAGGAUGGGAGCCCAUACAGCUGUUCUGUGCGCCGGGACUUGAGUUCGAUGCUGCGUUACAAAUAUGCGUAGCAAUAGCGGAAGGAGGAUGUAACUGGCAGAAUGGUCAACUAACGUCGACAACAACUCAUACUACAACUGAACAAGAAUCGACAACAACAACAACAGAAGAUCAAACAGUACCCACCACUGAAACAACAACUGCAAGCGAGGCCCCAGUGACAGGGCUAACAACAGAAACAACUCUGUCAACAACAGAACAACAGCCCGAGACCCCCGCUAUCUGUCCUCCAGGGUUCAUCGGCAACGUGCCGCAUCCGGAGCGAUGUGACUCGUACUUCUUGUGUUCAGGAUGGGAGCCCAUACAGCUGUUCUGUGCGCCGGGACUAGAGUUUGAUGCUGACCUACAAAUAUGCGUAGCAAUAGCGGAAGGAGGAUGUAACUGGCAGAACGGUCAACUAACGUCAACAACGAUUCAUCCGUCAACUGACGAAGAAUCGACAACAAGAACAACAGAAGAACAAACAGUGUCCACUACUGAAUCACAAACUACAAGCGAGGCCCCAGUGACAGACCUAACAACAGAAACAACUCUGUCGACAACAGAAGGACCGAUAACAAUAACAACAGAUGUACCAACAACAGUAACAAUAGAAGAACAAACAUUAUCCACCACUGAAUCACAAGCAACAACAGAUGAGCCAGCAACAGAGCUAACAACAGAAGACAAAGAAUCGACAACAGAAAAACAGCCUGAGACCUCCGCUAUCUGUCCUCCAGGGUUCAUCGGCAACGUGCCGCAUCCUGAGCGAUGUGACUCGUACUUCUUGUGUUCAGGAUGGGAGCCCAUACAGCUGUUCUGUGCGCCGGGACUAGAGUUCGAUGCUGCGUUACAAACAUGCGUAGCAAUAGCGGAAGGAGGUUGCAACUGGCAGAACGGUCAAUUGACGUCAACCACUGCUGAACCUUCAACUGACGGAGAUUUGACGACGACAGAAUUUACAUCGGAAGUAUCUACUACUACUACUGAUGAACAAACAGUAUCAACCACUGAAUCACAAACAGCAACAGAAGUAUCAGUAACCGAAACAACAAUUACCACUAUAACAGAAGAUCUAACAACCACAACAGAAGAACCAGAAACCAUAACUACCACAACAAAAGAUACAACUAUAACAACAGAAGUAUCAACAACAAUUACUGAUGAACAGACAGCAACAAACACUGAUUCUGUAGGGACAUCCACAGAGCUAUCAACAGAAAAAACAGUAACUACAACAGAACAACAGCCCGAGACCCCCGCUAUCUGUCCGCCAGGGUUCAUUGGCAACGUGCCGCAUCCGGAGCGAUGUGACUCGUACUUCUUGUGUUCAGGGUGGGAGCCCAUACAGCUGUUCUGUGCGCCGGGACUUGAGUUCGAUGCUGCGUUACAAACAUGCGUUGCAAUAGCGGAAGGAGGUUGCAACUGGCAGAACGGUCAAUUGACGUCAACCACUGCUGAACCUUCAACUGACGGAGAUUUGACGACGACAGAAUUUACAUCGGAAGUGUCUACUAUUACUACUGAUAAACAAACUGUAGCAACCACUGAAUCGCAAACAGAAGACUCAGUAACCGAAACAACAGAAGAAACCACUGAUGAUAUAACCACUAUAACAGAAAAUCUAACAACCACAACAGAAGAACCAGAAACCAUAACUACCACAACAAAAGAUACAACUAUAACAACAGAAGAAUCAACAACAAUUACUGAUGAACAAACAGAAUCAACCACUGAAUCUGUAGAGAUAUCGACAGAGCUCUCAACAGAAAAAACAGUAACUACAACAGAACAACAGCCUGAGACCCCCGCUGUCUGUCCUCCAGGGUUCAUCGGCAACGUGCCGCAUCCGGAGCGAUGUGACUCGUACUUCUUGUGUUCAGGAUGGGAGCCCAUACAGCUGUUCUGUGCGCCUGGACUAGAGUUUGAUGCCACACUACAAACAUGCGUUGCAAUAGUGGAAGGAGGUUGUAACUGGCAGAACGGUCAAUUGACGUCAACCACUGCUGAACCUUCAACUGACGGAGAUUUGACGACGACAGAAUUUACAUCGGAAGUGUUUACUAUUACUACUGACGAACAAACUGUAGCAACUACUGAAUCGCAACCAGCAACAGAAGAAUCAGUAACCGAAACCACUGAUGAUAUAACCACUGUAACAGAAGAUCUUACAACCACAACAGAAGAACCAGGAACCAUAACUACCACAACAAAAGAUACAACUAUAACAACAGAAGAAUCAACAACAACAAUAACUGAUAAACAAACAGAAUCAACCACUGAAUCCGUAGAGAUAUCGACAACGCUAUCAACAGAAACAACAGAACAACAGCCCGAGACCCCCGCUGUCUGUCCUCCAGGGUUCAUCGGCAACGUGCCCCAUCCGGAGCGAUGUGACUCGUACUUCUUGUGUUCAGGAUGGGAGCCCAUACAGCUGUUCUGUGCGCCGGGACUUGAGUUCGAUGCAGCGUUACAAACAUGCGUUGCAAUAGCGGAAGGAGGUUGCAACUGGCAGAACGGUCAACUGACGUCAACCACUGCUGAACCUUCAACUGACGGAGAUUUGACGACGACAGAAUUUACAUCGGAAGUAUCUACUAUUACUGAUGAACAAACAGUAUCAACCACUGAAUCGCAAACAGCAACAGAAGUAACAGUAACCGAAACAACAGAAGAAACCACUGAUGAUUUAACCACUAUAACAAAAGAUCUUACAACCACAGAAGAACCAGGAACCAUAACUACCACAACAAAAGAUACAACUAUAACAACAGAAGAAUCAACAACAACAAUAACUGAUAAACAAACAGAAUCGACCACUGAAUCCGUAGAUAUAUCGACAGAGCUAUCGACAGAAACAACAGUAACUACAACAGAACAACAGCCCGAGACCCCCGCUAUCUGUCCUCCAGGGUUCGUCGGCAACGUGCCGCAUCCGGAGCGAUGUGACUCGUACUUCUUGUGUUCAGGGUGGGAGCCCAUACAGCUGUUCUGUGCGCCGGGACUAGAGUUUGAUGCUGCGUUACAAACAUGCGUUGCAAUAGCGGAAGGAGGUUGCAACUGGCAGAACGGUCAAUUGACGUCAACCACUGCUGAACCUUCAACUGACGGAGAUUUGACUACGACAGAAUUUACAUCGGAAGUGUCUACUAUUACUACUGAUGAACAAACUGUAGCAACCACUGAAUUUGAAAUAACAAUGGAUCCAACAGAACAAACAAUAGAAGAUUCAACCGCGACAGCAGAAGGAGGUAUAACAACCAGUAAUUCACCAACAACAGUGGAAUUGACAACAGUAACAGAGGAACUAGAAGCCGAGCCGUUGUGCCCCGAAGGGUUUAUUGGAUCAGUACCACAUCCAGAUAGGUGUGAUUCGUACUAUAUGUGCACUGGUUGGACGCCGAUACAGCUCUUCUGUUUGCCUGGACAAGAGUUCGACCCUGUUUUAAGUCAAUGUGUUGUAAUAGCCGAGGAUGGAUGUACAUCCCGUCUAACAAAUGAAGUUGUCAACAAACAAGAAACCAGGAGUCAGAUUCAUAAAGGGGAUGUCGACAGAAAUGACUUGAACCGAAAAGCUGAUGGAAGUCGAGCUACUGCUGAGUUUGCGAAUAGAAUUGCGAGAACUGAAUUAUGCCCCUUGGGAUUUGAGGGUCGCAUAGCGACUCCAGAGGGGAAAUCCUUUUACCUUUGUUCAGGGGGCAAUGCUAUAGAACUGCUUUGCCCAGUUGAAUCGAAAUUCGAUCCUGUAACUGGGAAAUGCAUUUACAAGAACUAUGAAAAACGGAUGCGAAGCUAGAAGAAUCUGAUUAUUUUGAACAAAUAUACUACUAGACGCGUCAAGGUCACGGGUGGAUACAAUGGUUACUCCCCACCGACUCUCGUUUCCCGAUCAGAUCGUGUAGUCAAAUAAGGAAAUUUUGAACUUUUAGUAAAAUAUUUACUUGCA